AUGUCUUCCAACAUCACACUCUACACCUGGCCCACGCCCAAUGGCGUCAAGGCCUCCAUUACCCUCGAGGAGCUCGGUAUUCCUUACAAGACCGAGGGAAUCAACAUUAGCACCAAUAUCCAGAAGGAAGACUGGUUCCUCAAGAUUAACCCUAACGGCCGCAUCCCCGCUAUGCUCGAUGGCUCGCAGCGUGUCUUCGAGAGCGGUGCAAUUAUGACCUACCUGGUCGACAAGUACGACACCGAUCGCAAGAUCAGCUACGCUCCGGGAACCCCCGAGCACGUUGAGCAAACCUCCUGGUUGAUGUUCCAGAUGGGCGGUCUUGGACCUAUGCAGGGUCAAGCAAACCACUUCCGUCUCUUUGCUGGGGCGCGCUCCGACUAUGGCAUUAAUCGAUACAUCGAAGAGACCAAGCGUCUCUACUCUGUUCUCGAAUCUCGUCUCCAAGAGAGCCCUUACCUCGCAGGCGAGAAGUACACUAUUGCUGAUAUUGCUAACUUCUCCUGGGUUCGGGGUGCUCCUAUCUCUUUGGAGAUUGAUUUGUCUGAAUUCCCUGCUCUGAAGAAAUGGGUUGAUGAGAUUAAUGAGCGUGCUGCUGUGCAGAAGGGGUUGGAUGUUCCUUCUACUGGCAGGACUCCUGAGCAGAUGGCUGAGAUGUUCAAAAACUGCCGUGCCAAGAUUGAUGGCAUGACCAACUCGGAUAAGCACUAA